AUGCUCCUGUGGGCUGCAGCGGUACUUUUCUUGCUGGUUCUUGCCUUUUUCUUCCGGAAUCCUUACUUUGUGCAGGAUGUCCGCUAUGUGUUGUCGAGAGUCAAAAUAGGCUCUUUAAUGCUCAAAUGCAUCCAGACCAACUUCACUCUACUGGACCAUUUUUUAAAAGUGGUGAAGGCGCAGCCGGACAAAAUGUUCCUUUAUUUCCAGGAUGAGAGUUUUACCUACAAACAGGCCGAUGAUCUGAGUACCAAAGCCGGCAGAGCCUUCCUGCAGAGCGGACUGGUCCAACAGGGGGACACGGUGGCCCUGUUCCUCAGAAAUGAACCCGUGUUCCUCUGGCUCUGGUUCGGUUUGUUGAAGAUCGGAUGUUGCGGUGCUUUUCUGAACUACAACAUGAGAUCCAAGUCACUGCUGCACUGUUUCAACCUCAGCAGAGCCAAAGUCCUGGUGGCAGCUGAAGAGUUACUGGAUGCUGUGGAGGAGAUCCUUCCUUCUCUACUGGAGCAGCAGGUCACUGUUUACGUCGUGGCUGACAGAUGCACGACUGCAGGAGUUGAGAACUUCAAUGAAAAAAUGGACCGAGCUUCCUCUGAGCCUCUGCCCAAAGAUUUAAGGUCAAAUGUCACCUUGCAGAGCCACGCAGCGUACAUCUACACAUCUGGGACUACAGGUCUUCCUAAAGCAGUUUCGAUGUCUCAUGGAAAGGUGUGGGGUGUGACUCUUUUUAGCAGUUUACUUGGAACUAACAGUGAGGAUGUGACAUAUGUUAGCCUUCCACUGUAUCAUACCUCCGCCCUUGCGGCUUUAAGUGGAGCCAUUUAUGCAGGUGGCACCAUGGCUUUGCGGAAUAAAUUUUCUGUAUCUCAGUUCUGGGACGAUUGCAGAAAAUACAAUGUCACUGUUAUACAGUACAUCGGUGAAACUAUGCGUUAUCUCUGCAACACACCAAAGAAACCUAAUGAUCGAAGUCACAACGUCAGACUUGCAUUUGGAAAUGGCAUCAGAGCAGAUGUGUGGAGGGAGUUCUUGAACAGGUUUGGAAACAUCGAAGUCAGAGAGUUUUAUGGAGCUACAGAGGGAAACUUUUCUCUGCUGAAUUACAGCGGCAAGAUCGGAGCUGUUGGACGACACACAUUUUUGCACAAGAAGGUUUGUCCUUAUGCUGUGGUCAAAUACGACAUUUACAAAGAGGAACCCAUUAGAAAUUCAUCUGGUUUCUGCAUAGAGGCCGACAAAGGUGAACCAGGCCUUUUUAUCUCCAAAAUAACUCUGAGGACUCCAUUCCUUGGAUAUGUGGGAGACCUGAAGCAAACUGAGAAGAAACGGCUGCAUAAUGUUUUCGAACAAGGAGACAUGUACCUCAACUCUGGUGACCUGCUACGCAUUGAUGGAGAUGGUUUUGUGUACUUUCAGGAUCGUGUUGGAGACACGUUCAGAUGGAAAGGAGAAAACGUGGCCACAACAGAGGUGGCAGACAUCAUCACCAUGGUCGACUGCAUAAAAGAAGCCAAUGUGUAUGGAGUUGAAAUUCAAGGCCAGGAGGGCAGAGCUGGAAUGGCUGCGAUCACGUUAACAGAAGGACAACAGUUUGACUCUGCAGGUGUCUUUAAACAUGUGGAAAGCUUUUUGCCAUCCUAUGCAAGGCCUCUUUUCUUCAGGAUUCAGGACACCUUGGAGGUCACAGGCACGUACAAGCAUCAGAAGGUGAAGCUGGUGAAAGAAGGCUUCGACCCCAAUGGAAUAACAGACCCACUCUACGUCAUGGAUAAAAGACAAAAUAAUUAUGUCCCACUUACGCUGAAUAUUUACAACUCUAUAACCUUAGGAAAGAUAAAUAUGUGAAACACACCUGCUCAUGCUGUAAUACACCACACACUUCAGUAUUUAAGUGAUAAUAUCAUGUGUGGCCGUUAAAUUACUCAUUUCUCCUCCAGUGAACAUGUUUCAACCGGCUGCACUGAGCUCAGAUUGACAGAUGAGUGCAUUAAUGGCAUACUUAGGCAGGGAAGGGAGUGCACGCUCACAUUUUUCCACUUAAAAGAAUCAGACGUGUAACUAAUCGGUCUAUUAAGGUUAAUAUUAGUGCAGUUAAAAUGUGUGUGUGACUGUUAAAACCAAAAACUGCUCUUGUACUGUGUUGUGUAAUUUGAAGUAGACAACUGAUUGUACAACCUCAAAUAUGAAAUAAUUGGAACAGUAUGGACAAAUCAAAUGAAAAAUAAUGCAGUGACAGUAAAAUGUACUUAAAUGAACCACCUAUGGGUGACAUAGGGUUAGUGUUAUAUUAUGCAUUAGA